UUGAUUCAAAGCCUUCAUCCAUACUACUACAUUUUUCUUCCUUUAAGGUCUUAGCGCUCAUAAACGUCAUCACUCCGGCUUUUAUUUUGUUCCAUGGACUCUCCCGAACUUUGGAAAGCGGCGGUAGGUGGUGGUAGGAAGAGCUUUGAGCCGGGCUGCUGGCGGGCGCAUGGCAGCGUUGGCUGGUCGGGUCCCACCACGUGCCGUUGACCUAAAUAUGCUGGGUCUGUGUUUUCACAAGCGGGCAAUCUGCUCUGUCAUUUAGCAUCAUGCAAAGCAGGAUAAAACAGUAGUAGCCGCCUCUGCUCGUGGCUCGCCAGCAGCCCGUCCGGGUGGGAACGGCCGUGCAGCCACGAGGCGGGGGUGGACCAGCCGCGGGGAGCCCAGGAGUCCUGCCGUCCCACGUGGGCGCUCCGAAAGGCAGCCGCGUUUUAAGCCUUCUCCGUUCAGGCCUGUUUCCUCAUCCUUGUCUUUCCCCAGCUUUGGUAAUAACUUCCUUUUCUCUUGUUUUCCCAGUCUUUCGCACCCUGAGUUCCUUGUUUUUCUUACGGUCUUCAGCAAAGUGAGUGGCCCAAGGAGCAGUUUGGUGUUGAAGCUGUUUUGUAUUAAUAGCUAUUUUGUUUAUUGCUAUUAGAAAACCAGCGUUAUUUUUCUGUUUUUAAAACAACAAUAACAACAACAAAAAAAACCCCAAAAGCUUGCUCUCAGCUGCGCGGAUAGGACGUCACUUCACAGCACUGCUUUCUUUCCGCAGGAGGCCACAGCCCUGCUCAGGAUCGCGUCGGCUCUGCAAGCGUUCCCGAAGCCGUGCCGAAGCUGGGGGCGGCUUUGGAGGACGGGGGCUGCGAGAGGCACCAAGGGGCCCGUUGCAUCCCCGCGCCCCGGCUCGUCGCCGUGCUGCUGACCGGCCCCCGGCCUCCACGGAUGCAUUGCUUCAUUAAGCAGCUCGUUAAACGAGGCGCUUGCUCAGGUGACUUUGUUAGCGUGGACUCGGUGAUGCUGCGCUCCGGUUGGGGAGGAAGAGGAGGCUUGCGCUGAAUUUCUCCCUUGUUUUCCCAUCCUCCUCCCUGCCAGGGAUCGCGGGUGCUGCACGGGCUGGAGCUGGCUGCUUCCAAGCCCGUUUGGGUCCUGACCCUUCCCCGGGGCUGCUUUCGGGUGGAUGUUAUUGGGUUGUCUCCAGGUUUUAGAUACAAGCUAUUUCUUCUGGUGCACCAUUGCCUGGAGGUACCUGCUACGGGUGAUGCCGACGUGCGCAUCGGAGCAGUGCCGGUACGCGUCGCCUUUGCUCGUGGAAGAUAAAACCCGUGGUCCCGCGGUGCCCGUGCACGACGGCCGGUGUGCGGCAAAGCCCCAGGGAGCUUCCUGGCAGCCCGGCCCCGGUGGGCUCCUGCCGCUGCCGAUGGAUGGCUUUAAGUCGCUUUUCAUGGAAAGCACAGAGAAAACCACGAAGAGGGUUGUGCUGCUGGCGGGAGAAGGCCGGUUACGUGUGCGGGGACGACGGCAGAUCCCUCCGGGGAAGCGGAGCGGCCGCUGUUGCAGCAAAGCGUUUUUAGGGAGGGAUUUUGUGUCACCUCGCAGCUGCGGGGCCGAUGCCGCAUCCAUCAGCGGUGCUAAAGAUGAAAGUGUUCGGAAGGGAAAUAAAGACAGAAAGGUAAAUUUAGCUGCUUUUUCCCCCGCUGGAGGUGGUAAGCGCUGCUCGCGCUGCAGGCUUUGCUGGAACGCGGCGCUUUUGGCUGAUGGAAGUUGCCAGAAGGAGCAGUUUGGGGCUUGGGCUGUAAAACGCGGCUCGGUGGUCCCCCAGGGCGAUAUUUGUGGCUCUAAGGGAAUUAGCCACGGGUUUCCCCGGGAGAAAGCACUCCCGCUCAGCGCCUUGCUUGGGAAACGGCGAAGCAGGUCUGUUUUAACCAGAUUGCCAUCUUUUGUGCUUGGUUUUUGUUUGCUUUUUAACCCUUUCCAUUAUUUGGGGGGUGGCACAGAGCAGCCAAAGGGCUCAGCUUGCUCGCUCCGGCGUAAGGACCGUGACAUCUCGGGUGCCGAGGCACCAGCUUCGCCUCCCGCCUGCCCGACGGUGCUGCCCGGGCCGCGCAGCCCGGCCCCUGCCCCGCGCCUGGCUCCCCCCGCUCGCCGCUGCACCGCGCGCCGGGAAGGUUUGGGGCUGCUUCACCCAGAAACGGCUUUUGCCGGGCAUUUAGUAGGGUGGUGCUUGGUCCUCCCAAAAACCCGGCACGAGGCGCGUGGGCCCGGAGGUGCGAGAUUUGCUCGGCUGCCUCGGGGACAGAGGGGAGAAGUUCCCUGCAAAAGCAAAGCGGGAACCUGCCGCUUUGAGCACUGCCGUCGCGCUGCCCUCCCGCUCCCCGUUCACCCACCCGCAGAACAAGCCUGUAACAGACCUACCUGCCAAGCCGGGCGUUAAUUAGUGCACGCGUGAUAUUUUGAGAACAUAAAGCGCACAAAUGAAUAAAUUAUUGUUCCAUUA